AUGAUACCGAGUGCAUCCAAGUUACCCAGGAGCACUCUGUGGCUGCAAUGGAUCGGAGGUGUUGCCACUACGACGAUGAUGUUCGUGAUCGGUUUGACAUUCGGUUGGGCUUCGCCAUAUCUCGCUCAAUUUUCGACUGGGAAUUCCCCGUUUCCGGCGACGACUUCCGAGAUUUCUUGGAUGGCGUCGAUGUUUUAUUUGGGCCGUUUGCCAGGAGCGAUCCUCGGGUUUGUGCUCAACCAGUACUUCGGCAGCAAAACAACGAUGAUCGGUACGGGCUGCGGUCUGGUGCUUUCCUGGAUCCUCAUAAUCUCGGCGAACUCCGUAGAAUGGAUUUACGCCGCGCGGUUCAUUUGGGGCUCAGGAAUCGAGCUGACCAGCAUCAGCUUUGCACUUUAUUUGGGUGAAAUUUCAAGCGCGAAUAUCCGCGGCGCUCUGAUAGCCAUGACGAUGAACGGCUUGCCGUUGGGAAUUCUUGCGGGAAAUUCAAUCGGCGCUUACGUCUCGAUGAGGAUCUUCGCCUGCAUAAGCCUCGUGCCGACUCUUUUCUUCGUCGUAGUUUUCGUUCUGCUACCCGAGUCUCCCUACCACCUUAUUAAGAAAAGUAAGAUAACGGAGGCGGAAAAGUCGAUAAUGAAGUACAACCCAAACUCGAAUCUCUCCGACGAGUCCAAGGCCAUCCAGAAAUUUGUCGGAGAAACGAACAGCUUGAACUUCGUUAAUCGUCUUCGAGAAUUGAACGUCCCUCGAAACAGGAAGUCCGGAUUGAUAGUAAUACUGUUCUUCUUCUUCGCACAAUCCUGCGGACUGAAUCCUCUGGCAGCUUACAUGGAGACCAUCGUGACCAGAGGAAUGGUCACUGUCGUCUCGCCUUCCACUGUGCCUAUCGUUGCAAAUGGACUCGGAAUCAUGGCUGGAUUGGCGAUGAUGUAUUUGACAGAGAAGUUAGGACGGAAAAAGAUGUGGAUUUUCUCAAGCUGCGGAAUUACCGUCGCCAUGACGGCACUCGGCACGCACUUUUACCUCCUCGAUGACGGAUUCGACGCUGAUCUUCUCCAAUGGAUACCGAUACUAUCCAUGAUUGCAUUUACCGUCUGCUGCAGCCUGGGAAUGUAUGCUAUACCAGCGAUUUUGAUCAGCGAACUUUUUGCGGCAAACAUUCGGACUUUGGCCGCAUCAAUCACCUGUGCAUCUGCGGCUAUCUUCGCCUUAAUCUCGAUCGAAAUUUAUCAAUAUCUUCUUGAAAUUAUCAACGAGUGUUAUAUCUACUGGAUGUACGCUAUUUUGAUGGUUUUGUCUGCUAUUCUUGGCUCGAUACUGAUACCGGAGACGAAGGGAAAAACACUGACGGAGAUUCAAGACUCAAUGGCAAAGAUGUAA